UUGCAGAGCACAGAUAACUCAAAUAUAUCUAUAAUUGCUCAGAACAAAAAGUGCUUUGACAAUGAUAUUGUUUGCUCGAAGAAUGUUUUCAUUACUGUUGGAGACACUGAGAUUUAUUUUAGUGAAUCUUCUGAGAAGCAGAAGACCAUAAGGGGACAGGAAAACAAAUCUAACUAUCAGCUUUGGAAGGCUGGAUAUUAUACUGUGAUACACUUUCCAGAACUGGACAUUACAAUUCUGUGGGAUAAGAAGACAAUGAUGCAUGUUAAAGUUGGACCUCGAUGGAAGGGUAAACUGUCAGGUUUGUGUGGAAAUUUUGACAAAUAUACUUCAAAUGAUCUAACUACAUCAAACAACAUGGAGGUGAGAAAUGCACAGGUGUUUGGAGACAGUUGGGUAUUAGGACAGUGCAAGAGCCCAAAUGAAACACUAAGACCAUGUGAAGUACAUCAGAGCAAGUUCCCUUAUGCCAAAAAGGAAUGCUCAAUUUUAUACAGUGAUGUUUUUGCACCUUGUCGCAAUGUGAUUGAUGUGACUUCUUUUGUCAAAAAUUGUCACACAGAUACAUGCAACUGCAAUCUUGGUGGGGACUGUGAGUGCUUGUGUACCAGUAUUGCAGCUUAUGCCCACAAAUGCUGCCAGCAAGGAGCAGCAAUUCACUGGCGAUCUCCUUCGCUCUGUGCUUAUGACUGUGAAUAUUAUAACCAAGGUCUUGGUGAAGGACCCUAUCUUUUGGCCAGUUAUGGAGAGAACGACACAAUUAUAGGAGCUAACGUAUCCAGUAGAAGGAUAUUUCCCCUGCCUAGAAUUGGAGCGCAUGGAAAUGUAUUUUUCAGUUUCAUGAUAACUCCAGGUCUUUUCAAAGAUAAAGAUUUAUCUCUCUCUCUUGUUUCCCUGGAGUCUGCUGAAAGACCAAACUACUUUCUGUAUGUACACGACAAUGAAACCAUUGGACUGGAACAGUGGCAGGCAAGUGCCUCCUUUCAAAGACGAGCCACCUUUUUCCACCACCAGGGCCUCUGGAGUCCAGGGCUCAGUGCCUUCGAACUGCACAGUAGAAAGGGCUUUUUCAUCAUUCUCACCUCAUCUAGUGUCAAAGUGUCAAAGUACGACAAUUCAGAAGAAUUCAAACAUUUGAGUAGCUUUAGUAUUGAAGAACUCAGUGCAUCUGUGCCUUAUAGAAGGAUGUGUGAAUGGCGAUAUGAAUCUUGUGCUAAUCCAUGUAUUAAAACAUGUAGUGAUCCUAAAGGAAUAGCAUGUAAAUUCCUUCCUCCGGUUGAAGGAUGCUUGCCAUACUGUCCCAAAAAUAUGAUCCUUGAUGAUGUCACGCUUAAAUGUGUUUAUCCAGAAGACUGCAUACCUGUGACAUCUACAGAAUCAGCAAUUGGAAACAAAUCUUCAUUGUUAAUCUUUCACAUGGAUGCUACCAUGGAGAGAUUUCCUCAGACACCUCCUUUAUUUAUUACUUCAGGGACUGAGUCAACUCAUACCAGUGUGACAGACAAAAUAACCGUGAACACAAACACAACUUUAAGGGGAAUGAAUAUGUCGGCACAGUCCAUUACAGACUUUUAUUCAUUGGAAGCAUCUAAUGCAGCCACCUAUUCAACAUUUUCAUUACCAAGUACAGUGGAGCCUUCUGAUGUACUUCACAGCACAGCGAGCCCUACUGUCCUUUCCAAACUCAUCUCUUCAGUAGAUUUUCCAACUGCUCUUCAAGCCUCAGCAGUCACAUCACGUACUGUCAGUUCUACUGCAUCUGUAACUUUACCCAUUACAAUAGCAACUCCAACAACCCUGCUCAGUGCAAGUUCUAUUCCAACACAUUCUGUGUUAUUAACACCCACUUCCCUGUUAGUAGCUCCAUUUCCACUUGAUACAUCAACCACUCAGCUAGGAACUGUUCCCCCUACCUCUGCAAUAACAGCUUUAGCUUCCAAGCCAUCUUUUGUCACUUCUGAGCUGCCUGCAGGGAUUGGGAAGAGUAGGCGUCCUUUAGUAAGUCAUUCUAAGGGAGCAGCAGCAUCCUCUGAAGUGUCAUCUGCUUUGCUAGCUGGCAGAGCAACUUUCACAAGACCUGCACUUCUUCUAGGUUCACGGUUGACACUAAGCACAUCUUCUCCUAUAUCUACUUUAUCCGUCACAACUAGCUCUGGCAUUGGUCAAACUGCAGUUCACCCAACACCACUUUCUCCACUGACUUCAACUGCUCCUCAAAUUCCUGUGACUACUAGAUUUGCUAGCUUUCAGACAAGGUUUCCUCAAUUAAUCACAAAACCCUUGUCUAAAACUUCUCUGAUAUCAUUAAAUUCAAGUUCUUUCUCUAGUUUUUCUCCAAAGCCAUUUUUAUCUUCAGUGGAAAUUUCAGUGACUGCUCCCAAGCAGACAUUGCCAUUAAUAACAGGCAGUAUUUCUGCUGCUCUGCCCAUAAUGACUGUAUAUUUACCUCAAGUUGCUUCUCAAAUCCCUGUAAACACUUCUUCGAGUCCUUCUGUAACACACAGAGUAUCUAUACCAGUGCAUUCUCCAAUUACCUCCCUGAAGCCAAAAGCUAUGGCAGAUGUCACUGUUGACCCCAAAAGUCAAAAAGUACCUUCCGCUGCUUCCACUCUUCUAGUGAAUCCAACAAUCUCUGCUAUGCCUCUAGCAAGUAAAGCCUCAAGAGAAAACAAAUACAUAAUGCCUGCUGAUUCCUUUGCAGUGUCAUCCAUUUCUAAAAAGCCAAUGAAAACCAUUAUGUCUACAGUCUUUCCUCUUAAGACACUGGUAUUACCUCUAAAUGCUACAUUAACAACCACUUCAGAAAUUACAGAGCACCUAAGCAGUUCACAUACAGAACUGAAAACCGAUCCUGUGGCACAAAGUUCAGGCACUUUCGUUCCGAAAGAUCCUUCUCUUACAAGGUCAUCAUCUUUAUUUACAAUCUUGUUAUCAACAUCAGUACCAUCUCUUGUGACAUCUCAUACUACAAGUUCUUCAUUGAUUCCCAUAAUCAAUAGGACAUCAUCAUUAACACGAAAUAUAACGGCUACCCAAAUAUCAGUUUCAUCUCUAGAUACAGAAGGAACCUCAAAAAGUCCAGUUAUAGAGUUUGCAACUUCUUCUGUAGAUUUUUCUACAUUCACUUUAGACAUAAGACCUUCUGCCAGUCGUUCAGCAGCACUAAAAGCAUCCAUUGUAAUGCCCUCUUUACUAAUGCUUACAACUCCUGAAGCCACUUUAGAAAGCCAAUCCACUAGGGUCUCUAUGUCUUCAUCUCCUCCUAAGACCACUCAUAUCUCUGCUGUUUCUCUAGGAAAACAGAGUUCCUCGGUAAGUUCUUCAGAAGAAAAUGGAACAGUAUCAGCCCUAUCUGCUGGAAUCGUCACUCAAUCCACUACACCAAUGAUCAUGAACACAACGGUGAAUGCUACAUCCUUACAAGCACCUUAUAUUUUUGAAAAAAUACCAUUUAGCUCUUCAGCCAGUUUAUUAGCUGCUUCUGGCACUACAGUAGCCUCUAGGAUUACUACAAAAACCACUGAUUCUUUUGUUGCCGAUUUGGAGUUUUAUAUGGCUUCAGCCUCAGUUCCUACCACCAUAGAAACACCCAUGCAUGUGUCACACAAAUCUUUAUUUACAUCUGCAGUGACUCAAGCUCCACAGAGAACUAACGAAACUCCCAAAAUGAUGGUUAUGAAAACUACUGGUACUACAAAUCUGUUAUCACAGAUGAAGAGCACUUCGUUUACAGCUUCAGAAGUUAAAUAUGCAACCUCAUUUGAAAGAACUGUGGAUAUUUUAGAAAGUGGUCAGACUUCACAUGAGCAAAGAAAUGUUACCAAGACGAAGUCAACCACAACUGAGAAGUCUUCCCUGCCUUAUUCGACAGUAUCUGCAGUUCAGAGUUCGCCUUUUUCAAGAAAUAAAACCUCAGUAACAAAUCUCUCUCUUUCUGGAGUCCCGGAUGUAACAACAUCAGAUUGGUCCAAAAUCCCAACACAGGAAACCAUUAAACCUUAUUUCAGUUUAUCAGAGCCCGCAGAGCUGCAGACCAGAACUAUAAUAGAUUUAUCUCAUUCUAGUGGUGUAACGGCUCUGCCUUCCUCUUCUGAGCCUGUAGAAACACAAACUUCACUGGCAAGCACAGAAACAACCACAACUAUAGCUGACAAGGCUUCCUUUGGUACAAUGAUGCAUACACUGAUAUCUACACCUUCUGAAUGUGUGCCAAGAUACCUUGAACCUAUCGACAAAUGUAGCCAGUAUGUAUGUGUUAAUAUGAGUUGGAUGUUAUACAACCUUUCAAGGAACUGCCCUAAGGAUAUGCAGAAGCCAGACUGUGGUUUUCGAGGAAUGCCAGUUCAAGUUAACACUGAUAGUUGUUGCCCAGAAUGGGAAUGUCCCUGUCAAUGUUCUGUACUGUCUGAACUGAGUGUUAUUACAUUUGAUGGAAACAACAUAGCCCUCUGUAAUAUGGCUUCCUACAUUUUAGUCAAGUUACCAGGAGAAAUGAUUGUUGCUCAUAUUGAAAAAUGUCCUGCUAAUCAGAGCGCAAAUUCAAUAAGAAAACUAGUGCCCCCUGCAAGCACUUCAGGGCUCUGUUUUAAGAAAUUAAAUGUAACAACACGCACAUGUGAAUUACUUAUCAAUCGUUUAGCAAGAAAAGUAGUAGUGGAUUCUGUAUUUCAAUCAUUACCAUUUUCAAAAGAAGGACUGAAUAUUCAGGAUACUGGUGCAAUGUAUGUUGUGAAGACCCCAGCUGGUAUUAGCAUUAAAUGGGCUCAUGUUACAGGCAUCAUAGAUAUACAGUAUGGAUUACACUCUAACACAUCGAUGAAGACAGAAGGACUUUGUGGGGUGUGUAAUGGAGACCCUACCGAUGACCUGAAAAUGAAAAACAAGACCAUAAUUACAAAUAAGGAGGAAAUUGAAGUGUUCAUUAAGAGCUGGGAAAUUGAGAAAUCACUUGAUGUAACAACCAGGAGGCCAGUAAGAAACUGUACUGAAGAUAACUGCACAUACUGCAUGGAACUGUUAAACAGAAGCAUUUUCAUUCCUUGCCACAAGAAAGUGUCACCACAGGAGUUUUGUGAGAAGAUGUGGAUAAACAGUACUUAUUUUUGGAAUUAUGAGUGUGAUGCACUUUCUGCAUAUGUGGCUUUAUGCAACAAGCACAACAUCUGCAUUAAAUGGAGGACACCUGAUUACUGUUCAUUGAGCUGUCCUGAGGGCAAGGAGUACCAGCCUUGUGUGCAACCCUGUGAAGCCAAGACAUGCUUGAAUAAAUGGUUCUAUGAAGAUUCUCCCUGUUCCUAUUUAAGGGAAGACUGUGUGUGUGAAAAUGGCACUAUUCUGCAUAGAACAGACUCUGACCUCUGUAUACCAGAAGAAAAAUGUACAUGUACAGAUAACAAAGGACAACCUCACUCUGCUGGAGAGAUCUGGAAUGGGUCCAGGAGAGGCUGUUGCAUGUACAAUUGUUUAGAAAAUGGAAGCAUUAUUGCUGUAGAACCUGAAUGCAACGAAGAUCCACCACCAGUCUGUGAAAGAGAAGGGGAAGUUAUCGUCCAUGUCAUGGAAGAGAGAGCUUGCUGUCCAAAGAAAGUUUGUGAAUGUAACGUGUCAUUGUGUGACGCCAUUAUUCCAACAUGCAAACCCAAUGAAAAAUUAGUGGUAGGCUACCACCCCCUGUCCUGCUGUCCACAGUACCGAUGUGAGUGUGACCCUUCAGCUUGUUUCAAUGCUUCCCAGCUGGACUGCAGAGAAGAUCAAUUUAUUGUUGCAGCAAAACAGGAAGAUCCUUGUUGUUUCUCUUAUCUCUGUGUUUGUGAAUCCUGUAUUGAGCCUGUGCCCUUGUGUAAUGAAGGGGAAAUUCUCACUGUAGACCUUAAUACCAUACAUUACUGUUGUCCUCAUUACUACUGUGUUUGUGAAGAAAAUCUUUGUUCUGAGCCUCCUAUGAAUUGCACAGAGGACAAAACACUUGUGAAGGAAAAAAUACCUGGGCAGUGUUGUCCAGAAUGGCACUGUGAAUGUAGCUGUGAAAACACUACUAUGCUGACCUGUAAAUUGGGAGAAGUUAAGAAAAUAGAUAGUAGUGUUUCCAGCGCUUGUGGAUGCACUCGCUACAUUUGUGAGAAAGACGAUGUGUGCAUCUUCCAAGAGGUCACAGUACUGAAUCCUGGACAGUCAGUGAUCCAGUACUUGGACGGAGACCUUUGUUACACUGUACAGUGUUUACAAGAAAAAGAUCAGAACACAGGAUACAAUGCCAUGCAUUUUACAAUGGUGAACUGUUCCCAGAAAUGUGAAGCUCAUCAAAUAUAUAUUCCUUCCUCCAGUCACCAUACUUGUUGUGGUACCUGUCAAAAUGUGUCCUGCUCUUUUCAUACUGAGAACGGAACACUUGUUGUGUAUGAGGAAGGAAGCACCUGGAGCUCUAACUGCACCAACUACAAGUGUGCCAAGACUGCUGCAGGGGCUGUCUUACUGGGAUCAAGUGUUGUCUGCCCCCCUUUUAAUGACACCGAGUGUACAAAGAAUGGAGGAAUCGUGCAGACGUAUAACGACGGCUGCUGCAAGACCUGCAAAAAGGAAGAAAGGAUUUGUCAGAAAAUGACAAUCAGGACAACCAUAAGAAAAAAUGACUGUAUAAGUCAAAGCCCGAUAAAUGUGGCUUCUUGUGAUGGAAAAUGCCCAUCUGCAACAAUUUUCAAUGUCAAUAUUGAUAGCCAUUUAAGAUUCUGUAAAUGUUGUCGAGAAAAUGGAACCCGUAAUCUGACUGUGCCACUACGUUGCUCAGGAAAUGGCACUGAAAUUAUGUACGUCAUUCAAGAGCCUAUAGACUGCUCAUGCCAAUGGAACUGA